CCGAGUCUCCUCCUCACGGCUGGAGCUGCCGGGCGGAGACUGGAGGAGGCCACCCCGCUCUCUCUCUCCCCCCCCUUCUCCUCCCCCUCCCGGGACCCAGGACACGAUGGGGGCGGAGCUUGCCUCCAUUAUUUAUAUUUUGUCUCCCUUUUUAUUUCCUCCCCUCCUUCAAAGUCUGACACGUCCGCAGUGAGUGAGUGGCGUUGGCAGCCUGUCAAUCCGUCACCGGGGCCGGCAGCAGCGAGAGCCGGGCAGCAGCCGGAGCCAUAAAUCCCGCCCGGGAGCCCCGGCACCGGCCCCCCAUCCAUCUCUCCCUCAUCACCCCCUCUCCCCGCAGCCGCCGCCGCCGCCGAGGAGGAGGGAAAAAAAGUUUUGUUGAUUGCUGCUCGGAGGCAUCAUCAUCAUCAUCACCCCCUGAGCGGGCACCGUACCCAUCCCUGCCACCCAUCACUGCCCCAGCUCUCACUCACGGUGCCCUCAUCAAUACUGCUGCCUGGCACCACCCCACCCCAGGACACAACUUCUCUCACACAGACUUUCACAUACAUUUUGUUUAUUGCCUAUUUUUUUUUUUUUUAAUACCCCCCCCCCCCUCACCCCCACCACCAUUUAUUUUAUUGGAGGUGAUCUGCGAGCAGCUCCAUCAGUCACUGAUUUAUUUAUUUCUCUUUGCAAGGAGAAGCUGGAGAUUGGCAGCUCUUGGAUGGAGAGCAGAUCAGGGAUGAAGGAUUGAAGAAAGAAGAAGAAAAAAAAAUUCAAAAAGAUCGGGACUAAAUAUAUUUUUUAUUUUUCUAUUUAAAAGAAAACCAGAGGACAAAAUAAAGCAUCAUUGGACUGUGCUAGCAGCGGAGCAGUGUGCUGUUACUCUUCAUGUCGAGAGGUCUCACUAAUGUAGUGGGGGGAAAAAUCGGCUAUUGUGUCAUUUUCCACAGAAUUUUAUUUUUAUUUAAUUUUUUUAUUUUUGCAUUGAUGGGAUAAAUGACUGAGACUGAGCGUAACUUCUUAGCACAUUUCCUGCUGCAGGAGUAGAUGACGAACUGUCCUAGAAGAAAAGUGGCGUUUCCUUUAUUCGUGACACCCUGCAGAUCCGAUCUUAACUUCAGUUUUUUCUUUUUCGGACUAUUUCGAAGCGGGCGUUGAUGGAAUAAAGCAUCGAAUAUAAUAUUAAAACCGAUUUAAACAUUUAAAUACCUGCAGAAUUCCAAAGCAGUCAGUUGCUGACAUUUGACAGUAUGUGCAAAGCAUUGCCUGGCUUCUGCUACUUGUAUCCUGAUGGGAUAAACUGUAACUGGCCUUGCUGAUCUGAAAACUAGAGCCAGAACCUAGGAAGCAUUAUUGUUAUCUUUCAUGAGACCCCCAGAGUCUGCUGCCUUUGUAUGUGAUGGAAUAAAAGUGGCAAGAAAGACCUGCUUUCUCCUGACAGAUCACUUGGUACAGUAGUAAAACAAGCAGAAGGGGGAUCGUGUCUUGUGUUACUUUUUCAUAUGCGAGUAUCACACUUCCGCACCGUAUUUUGGAUGGUCCUUGAACUGUUGGAGUAAAGAACUGCUCUAUUCUGUGAUAUAUAGAUAUAUAUAUAUUUUAGUAAAUCGGUGUACCAAAGGAGAAUAGAAGGCUGAGGCUGUGAUCUGAGGCUUGUCAUUGUUGAUGUGCGGGGCAGUGACCCCCUAGCGGUGCUGCCCCUGACUGUGAGGAAUCCUUGCAGUCUGCGUUUCAAUUGAUUUGGCUGCGGAGAGGAGUAUGGACGAUCAGACCAGGAUGAUGCAGACUUUGGCCGGGGUGAACAUGGCCGGUCACUCGGUACAGGGGGGGAUGACUUUACCUCCUCCCCACGGACAUGACGGGACAGAUGGGGACGGGAGGAAACAGGACAUCGGGGACAUCCUGCACCAGAUCAUGACCAUCACUGAUCAGAGCCUGGAUGAGGCACAAGCAAAAAAACAUGCUCUAAACUGCCAUAGAAUGAAGCCAGCUCUCUUCAGCGUCCUAUGUGAAAUUAAAGAGAAAACAGGUCUCAGCAUUCGAGGGGCACAGGAGGAAGACCCCCCAGACCCGCAGCUUAUGAGACUGGACAACAUGUUGCUGGCUGAAGGUGUAUCUGGUCCUGAGAAAGGAGGCGGAGCUGCGGCAGCUGCAGCAGCAGCGGCUGCAUCAGGCGGAACAUCAGAUAACUCCAUAGAACAUUCCGACUACAGAGCCAAACUCAGCCAGAUCCGGCAGAUUUACCACACAGAAUUGGAGAAGUAUGAGCAGGCGUGCAAUGAAUUUACCACCCAUGUGAUGAAUCUCCUGAGAGAGCAGAGCCGGACGCGUCCCAUCUCCCCCAAAGAGAUUGAGAGGAUGGUGGGCAUCAUCCACAGGAAAUUCAGUUCCAUCCAAAUGCAACUGAAACAAAGCACGUGUGAAGCUGUCAUGAUCUUGAGGUCGAGGUUUCUCGAUGCCAGGAGAAAAAGACGCAACUUCAGUAAACAGGCCACAGAGAUCCUAAAUGAGUAUUUCUACUCCCACCUCAGCAACCCCUACCCAAGCGAGGAAGCCAAAGAGGAGCUGGCAAAGAAAUGCAGUAUUACAGUGUCACAGGUAUCCAACUGGUUCGGGAACAAGCGAAUCAGGUACAAGAAAAACAUUGGCAAGUUUCAGGAAGAAGCAAACCUGUAUGCAGCCAAGACAGCCGUGAAUGCCGCUCAUGCUGUGGCAGCAGCUGUGCAGAAUAACCAGACCAGCUCCCCCACGACACCAAAUUCCGGUUCUUCUGGUUCUUUUAAUCUCCCAAAUUCAGGCGACAUGUACAUGAAUAUGCAGAGUCUGAAUGGGGAUUCUUACCAAGGUGCCCAAGUUGGAGCCAAUGUGCAAUCACAGGUGGAUACCCUUCGUCAUGUUAUCAAUCAGACGGGAGGAUACAGUGAUCCCUUGGGAGGGAAUUCACUGUACAGUCCACAUCACCUUAAUGCUAAUGGAGGGUGGCAUGAGGCAGCAACCCCUUCCUCCGUCACCUCCCCAACAGAAGGACCAGGCAGCGUGAACUCGGACACCUCUAACUGAGUCAGCCAUCCUCUAGCUGUGUGCGCAUCUCAGCUGUCUGGUGGGACAGUGCACCGUUUUAGGUCUUUAUUCAAUACGUAGUGAAGCAGAUUCCCAGCACGGUGGAGAAAGACACUCGUGAUUAAAUAAUCUUCUUCUCCAGCUUGAGGGCGCUGCUUUUCCUGUCUGAAAUAAGGACCCGCACAGCCGUUCUGUACAACGCAGCUGAGACAAGUUGCUGGAUUCCAGUACGUCUUAUUUUUUUGCUAAAUCACCACUUUGAAAGCACUUUAUCUAAUUGGGCCAAGAUCUGAGUUCGAAUCGGUGAAAUGAUCUCCACAUCCCAUCGGCACUUUUUAAUAAAUGGCUAAACUGAAGUAAUGAACUAGCAGCUUUAAGGAUAAACGUUUGCAUGUCUGCCCAGAAAAUCUGGGUCGCAGCGAAAAGAGACAUCUUACAGUUUCCAGACCUCGUAUAACAUUUUUUUUUUUUUUUUUUGUGGGGAGGGGGGUUGUUUUUCUAUGACGCAUUGAAGACGCUACUGAUCUGUGAAGAUGCAUUCACUUAUACAGGGAAAAAAUUAAACAUAUUAGCAAAUCAAUGAUUCUAGCAGAUGGUCACAUCAACUAGUCAACUUCUGCAUACAUGUGCUCGUUAAAUGUUUCUUUUACCAUUGAAGUACAUGUCAUUUAAAUCUGCCUGGAAAUUACACUACAUAUAUAUUGUCAAUACACUGUCGAUAAUAUUAAUUACAAAUAUGAACAGGCCAAGGGAAAUUAGUGCAUGCAAUAGCUACGGCAGUAAUUUCACGUAUAGGAGAGCUUUGAUCAUGUAGAAAAACAAGACUUUAAAUAAUAAUGAUGUUGACUUUGCUUUAUCUAGCAUAUCCGUUACAUACCAUCUUGUGCAUCUGGCAGGUAUGGUUCAGUAGAAGGCGGCCAUUUUAUCCCUUCCUAACAGACCAAAGAGAUUAAAAUAAAAAAUGAUAAUAAAAAAAAGGUCACAUUAUGCGAUUUAGGGCUUCAUUCCACUCCUGCACGUGUCAAAAUAAUCAAUGUUUAUUGAAGGAAAUCUCUAUAGUGCAUUAUUUUACUAUCACUAUGGUGAUUUACUGUGCUUUAAUGAACGUUUAUUAGACUUGGGAAUAUUUUGAAGAAUUUUUAAUUUUUCUUGUCUCUUAAUCACACAUUAUGUUAUUAGGUGAAUGCAUCCUCUACAGACUUUUCUCAAAACUUGCAGUAACCAUUUCCUUCACAUUGACAAUGUAAUUAACCCUUUCUUUGACAGAGGGUCGUAUAGCAGGCUCUCCCGACAGGAAAGGGGGGGUUAAUGCCCCAAUGUGGUGUUUUACGGCAAGGGGUUAAAUGCUGUACACUGAAUGACACUUCUUGCGGCAGUCAAAAAACGAAAUCAAACUGUAAAUAUUGUAGCAAAAGAGAAUUUAUACAUGGUCACCAAGCGAAACAGCUUUAUUUACCUCAUAAAAACUCAUUGGAACCAACAGACAUGUCACGUGUAGUUUAGUAUACCCACCUACUACCUCUGAAUAACACGCGUAGUACGUCUAACUUUUUAUCAUCGUGUAGAUAAAACAGCAGAUUGGGCCACGGGGCCCUAGACUAUGUUGUAAUGUAUACUGGUAAUGAGUGUGAGAUCAUUUUUUUUUAAGAUAAAGCAUAAAAAAAAUUGCAUAAACCUCAAUAAUACAAAAGGCGACAAAUAUGUGCUGCUGUUUUACAGAACAGAGGAGCAUACAUUAUAUAUAAGCCCAACAACCUUUAUUCUAUAUUCAGACUGCACUAAAGACCUGCAGAAUGAUUUUCUAUUAUCCAGUGAUUGUCCCUCUUCCAAAGAGUACAUUGCAUUGUUAGAUGACUGGUGAUAAUUAUGCACUGGUUUUGUUUUAUUUUUUUCAACUAUUGUGUUUCAUUAUGUUCAUCUGUGCAAUUGUAAUUUUCCCUAUAGUUUUGAGAACACCAUUAAUAUUAAUACUUUCUACUAAUAACUAUGUCUAAAACGUUUACUACAGCUCUUUAGUAUCUUAGUAUAAAAUAUUGUCCUGUACGAUCCUUGUAUCUGCUAAAAUUAAACUGGCACCUGUAUAUUUUGCUCCAGAUUUAUCCUACAAUUUAAAGCUCAAUAAUGUUAAAACAUUUUCAGACUAUAGUAUUGCCAUCACUGUAACAUGUGCCACUAAAAGAUUAGAACUAUAUUUUUGCUUUUGUUUAAUUUAAACUAUUAUCAAUGUGGCAUUUGUUUCUAUGUCGUGUCAGAUUAAAAGUGCAAUCCCACGUAGACUUUUUUCUUUGACAAAGACCAACUUUUGUAUGUUUGGUAUCGGAAUCAUAGUUAGACAGUAAUUAGGUCGGCAGUCAGUAGGUCGACCUGAUAUGGUCGACGUGCUGUAGGUCAACAUGGUCAAUAUGUUGACAUGUAAAAGGUUGACAGUGCUUAAGGUCGACAGGUACAAAAUAUCAUGUUCAAAUUGUCAACAUGAAGAUGGUCUACACACUUUUUUUUCCCAUUUUUAAAAACUUUUUCAUCCUUUACCAUCUACGUGGACUACAGUUGGGGAUAGUAACCUGUGCUGAGCGCAGCGGUGUGUGAAGAAAGCCAUGUGAGUAGACAUGGUACACUAAUUGGGGUCACAUGUGGUUAAGCAUAAAAAAAGUAUACCCAAAAAUUCAAAAAACCCAGUGUCGACUAUUUCCAUGUCUACCUUUCCACCUUGUUGACCUUUUGUAACUGUCAACCUUUUCGGGUGUCUACCUUUUCACUUUUGACCUUUUGACCCUGUCGACCAUGUGCAUGUCGACCAUAUGGGGUCAAACUAAUUAUCUAGACCCCUUUUUAACAUGAAGCUGAUUGUAAUUGUCCCAGCUCACUAUUACUCUAUGUUAUUUUUCCAAACCACUCAGUGGGUGAGAGUUGUAUGGCUGCCAUUGCAAAUUUUUGUUUGAUACAUUUGUUUUCUGCUUUUUCUCAGGAGAGCAUAACCUGAUCUAUUAGGCUGAGCCAGUCAGUCACCAAGCUACUUCAUGAUCAUGUGAUGUCAUGUGAUUGUGGUUUGCUAUGGUAAUUGUAUGACACCUAAUAAACUGGAUCACUAAUAGCAGUUUUAAACCUAAGGAAAAAUAACUCCACAUGUCUUCCUACAGGUAACCAGCAUAAUUUAUGCUAAACUGUGUAAAAGUAACACAUCUAUUUAAGAAGGGAUUGCACCUUUAAAUAUAUUGAAACUUUAUCAUUAAUUUUUCAUAGUUUAUUAUAAAAACAAUGGACGUGUUGUUUGUUACGCUAAUCCUCUUUAGUGUUUUUAGUUUGUUUGCUUUUUAUAACCUGCUGGUGUCAGGUUACAAGAUUGUCCUUGCCGUCAUGGAGGAGGUUUAGUCUGAGACUAGGCACUCUCCAGAGAUAGCAUCACUCUAAAAGGGAGAAGAAUCAGUACAAAAUAUGACAUAUAAUCAAAAUGUUUUUGUUUGUUUUUUUCAGUUAAAGUAACAAUAUUCAAUUUUAUAAAAAAUUAAUAAAAUAAAAAAAAUUAUCCUUCAACACUCACCACCGCUAUACAAUGCAACAUUUUGUUAUGGGUGGGGUAAAAUUUUACAUUUUUUUUAACACAUUCUGCUGCUCUUCACUUUUUUUUGUCAUUCUGAUAUGUAAUGUACAUUGAAUCUUUUGGAGAUAAAAUGAAAAUGUAUCUUUUAAAAUAAUAAAUAAUUAUACACUUUAUAAAGCUGCUUUUGCAACUUUAAAGCUUAUGAGUAAACAUGAGGUCUUAUGUUGAACACGUAAAAAAAUAAACAGUAAAACUGUUGUAUAUACUAAGAGACAUUUUAAAUGUUUUUUCAUCUCGUUAAUUACACACUAAAAAACAAAAACAAAAAAAUACUAAAAAAAGACAUCAUUGUAAUGCAUACAGAUUUCAGUAUGGGGUGGGAUAUGUGAUGGGAGGGGGCAACAGGGAGGCAUUAUGGGAAUUAUUUUUCUUCCUUUUUUGAGUUCAUUUUUGUGUUGUAUGAAGAUCUGGCUGGGGUUGAUUCACGGGAAUUCUGAUGGUAAUGACAAUUUGUGGCAGUGAUUCAAACGUAUUAAAAUCCAAUCUGUUCUGUGUUUACUUUUUAACUGGAUUAUACCCCUGGAUUGAAGGAAAUAAAAAAAAAGACAAAAAAAAAAGAAGUCUUCCUUGUGGUAGUUCUAUGUAGUUUAAAAAAAUCUGAAUAAAAUGUUUUUGAUUUGC